AAAUCAUUGUAUCUUCACGAAACUGUGCUUACUUUGCGUUAACGUCUCCAGUCGGCAAGUGCUGCUCUAAAGUUUGCUUUAAAGUUAAGGUGUAACUCAAAAGAAGUGAUUUAGCAUAUUUUGUUACAGAGGAAAGUAGCAGAGUAAAGUAGCAGCGUAAAGUGAAGAAAGAAUAAAAGUGUUUUGAAAGGACUCUUUGAGGAGCAGAAAAAACAAAAACGGAAAAAUUUUAUAAAAGUUUACGAUCAGGUGUGUUUCUUUGGUGUGUUGUGCAGUUCGUGAAAAAAAUCGAGCUAAAAAAUGCUUUCAACGGGGUGGUUUGGAAAGACCUUGCUGCUGGCCACGUUUCUCGGACUGGACGUAAUCCACUGCCAGCAGAGAAGCACCGGCAACGACCAGGUUCACCUCUUCCGACCGGCAUCAUCCGAGGCAGACUCGACCGCACAGACGCAUGGCGUGGCCGUAGAACCAAGCGUCCGCUCCGAGGGGGGACGAGCGUUGAGGAGCAGCUUUUAUCCUGGCGCACAGAGUGAACGAAUUUUCGACCUGGGCAUGUUUGGCAAACCGUACUACGGUGGAAAUAGGGGCUACUACCCUCAGGGAGGUGGCGCCGGAUAUUAUCCCCAGGGCGGGUACUACCCGCAAGGUGGCGUUGGCGCCGGGGGAUAUUACCCUAGUACCGGUGGCUACCCAGGAUCAUCGGGCUAUUAUCCGGGCACGAACUCACUCGGAGGAUAUCCGGGCUACGGAGGGGGUGGCUACGGCGGCAGUUACGGGGGCGGUUACGGUGGCUACGGAGGAUUCGGAGGUAACGGAGGGCUGCAGUCCUACCUGGGGUACAGUGGUGGCAAUUACUACGGUAAUCGCAACGUAGGCUACGGCUACUACUCCGGCACGAACCCGGCCGGAUUUACGAGCACCAGCCUGGUUAGCGGAUAUCGGGGUUACAAUUGAGCGCCACCUACCUUCCAGCUUGAAUCAAGUGCUUAUACGUGUGCUUUUGCACUGUGAUUGUAUAUGUGAACGUGCCCUUGUGUGUUUGUGUAUGUGUAGCGUCGUAAUCGUGAAACGUAAUUGUGAUAAAUAACUUAUGAAACACCGUCCUGGCAAACAAACCAAAGCAGCUUCCAGUGUAUCGUCAGACUUGCGGAAUCGCGUAAUUUAUUUCAUUUGGCUAAAUCCUAACUUAAUAAAUCGAAGAAAAAGAAA